AUGGACAAGCUGCCGCCGUCCAUGCGCCAGCGGCUCUACAGCCUUCCGCAGCAGGUGGGGGCCAAGGCGUGGAUCAUGGACGAGGAGGACGACGCGGACGAGGAGGGCGCGCGCGGCCGCCGGGAUCCCCGGCGCCCCAGCAUCCGCCUGCGCCCGCUGCCCGCCGCGGAGCCCCGGGGCGCGGCCCUCGGGGCGGCGGACGCCGAGGCGCCGGGCAAGUCCAGCACCAACGGGGACUGCCGGCGCCUCCGCGGGAGCCUGGCCUCGCUGGGCAGCCGGGGGGGGGCCGCCGGACACGCGAGCGACGCGGCCGAGGAGCGGCGCCUCAUCCCCGCCGCCGAGGGCGACGCGUCCCCGGCCGACGAGCGCACGCCGCCGGGCCUGGAGCCCGAGCGUCCCGGGGCCCCGCCGCCCGCCCCGGCCCCGGCCCCGCCGCCGCCGCCGGACACCGCGAUCAAAGCGGAGGCGGCCGGAGCCGACCAGAUCCUCCCCGAGGCCGACGCGCGCCUGGGCCAGGCCGGCUUCAUGCAGCGCCAGUUCGGGGCCAUGCUGCAACCCGGGGUCAACAAAUUCUCCCUGCGGAUGUUCGGCAGCCAGAAAGCGGUGGAGCGCGAGCAGGAGCGGGUCAAGUCGGCGGGGUUUUGGAUCAUCCACCCCUACAGCGACUUCAGAUUUUACUGGGACCUGACCAUGCUGCUGCUGAUGGUGGGAAACCUCAUCAUCAUCCCUGUGGGCAUCACCUUCUUCAAGGACGAGAACACCACGCCCUGGAUCGUCUUCAACGUGGUGUCUGACACCUUUUUCCUGGUUGACCUGGUCCUGAACUUCCGCACGGGGAUCGUCGUGGAGGACAACACUGAGAUCAUCCUCGACCCGCAGCGCAUCAAGAUGAAGUACCUCAAGAGCUGGUUUGUGGUGGACUUCGUCUCUUCCAUUCCCGUGGACUACAUCUUCCUCAUCGUGGAGACGCGCAUCGAUUCUGAGGUCUACAAGACCGCCAGGGCCCUGCGCAUCGUCCGCUUCACCAAGAUCCUCAGCCUCCUCCGCCUCCUGCGGCUCUCGCGCCUGAUCCGAUACAUUCACCAGUGGGAGGAGAUCUUCCACAUGACCUACGACCUAGCCAGCGCCGUGGUGCGCAUCGUGAACCUCAUCGGCAUGAUGCUGCUGCUGUGCCACUGGGACGGCUGCCUGCAGUUCCUGGUACCCAUGCUGCAGGACUUCCCGCAUGACUGCUGGGUGUCCAUGAACGGCAUGGUGAACAACUCGUGGGGGAAGCAGUACUCCUACGCCCUCUUCAAGGCCAUGAGCCACAUGCUGUGCAUCGGCUACGGGCGGCAGGCGCCGGUGGGCAUGUCGGACGUGUGGCUCACCAUGCUCAGCAUGAUCGUGGGCGCCACCUGCUACGCCAUGUUCAUCGGCCACGCCACCGCCCUCAUCCAGUCCCUGGACUCCUCUCGGCGCCAGUACCAGGAGAAGUACAAGCAGGUGGAACAGUACAUGUCCUUCCACAAGCUCCCUCCCGACACGCGGCAGCGGAUCCACGAUUACUACGAGCACCGCUACCAAGGCAAGAUGUUCGACGAGGAGAGCAUCCUGGGUGAGCUGAGCGAGCCGCUGCGCGAGGAGAUCAUCAACUUCAACUGCCGGAAGCUGGUGGCCUCCAUGCCGCUGUUCGCCAACGCGGACCCCAACUUUGUGACGUCCAUGCUGACCAAGCUGCGCUUUGAGGUCUUCCAGCCCGGGGACUACAUCAUCCGCGAAGGCACCAUCGGCAAGAAGAUGUACUUCAUCCAGCACGGCGUGGUCAGCGUACUCACCAAGGGCAACAAGGAGACCAAGCUGGCUGACGGCUCCUAUUUUGGAGAGAUCUGCCUGCUGACCCGGGGCCGGCGCACGGCCAGCGUCAGGGCGGACACCUACUGCCGCCUGUACUCGCUGAGCGUGGACAACUUCAACGAGGUGCUGGAGGAGUACCCCAUGAUGCGGCGGGCCUUCGAGACCGUGGCGCUGGACCGCCUGGACCGCAUCGGCAAGAAGAACUCCAUCCUCCUCCACAAAGUGCAGCACGACCUCAACUCGGGCGUCUUCAACUACCAGGAGAGCGAGAUCAUCCAGCAGAUCGUGCAGCACGACCGCGAGAUGGCGCACUGCGCGCACCGCGCCCAGGCCGCCGCGCCCGCCGCGCCCGCGCCGCCCGUCAUCUGGACGCCGCUCAUCCAGGCGCCGCUGCAGGCCGCGGCCGCCACCACCUCGGUGGCCAUCGCCCUCACGCACCACCCGCGCCUGCCCGCCGCCAUCUUCCGCCCGCCGCCGCCGCCGGGCGCCGGCCUGGCCGGGCUGGGCGGCGGCCCGACGCCCCGGCACGCGCGGCGGCUGCAGUCGCUGCUCCCGUCCGCGCCGGGCCCCGCGUCGCCCGCCAGCAGCCCCUCGCAGGCCGACACGCCGUCCUCGUCGUCCUUCCACAUCCAGCAGCUGGCCGGCUUCGCGGCCCCGGCGGGGCUGAGCCCGCUGCUGCCGUCCUGCGGCUCCUCGCCGGCCCCCACGCCGGCCGCCGCCGGCGCCAGCUUCGGCCACUUCCACAGGGCGCCGGGCGGCUCCCUGUCCUCGUGCGAGUCGCCGCUGCUCAGCCCGCCGCAGGCCGCCCCGCCGCCCGCCGCCCGCGCCGGCCUGGCCCUCCCGGAGCACUGCCCGCCGCCGCCGCCCUCCUCCCGAUCCCCGACGGCCAGCCCCGGGCAGCUGGGCCAGCCCCCCGGGGAGGCGGGCCCCGGCCUGCCCGGCACGCCCGAGACUCCCCCGCGGCCGUGCUGCGCGGCCGCGGCCCCCGGGGGCGCCUCCCCUGCAGCCCUGACCCCCCGGGGCGGCCUCAGCCCCCCCGGCCAGAGCCCCGGCCCCCCCAGAACUUUCCCCAGCACUCCCCCCCGGGCCUCUGGCUCCCACGGCUCCCUGCUGCUGCCCCCCGCCUCCAGCCCCCCACCCCCCCAGGUCCCCCAGCGCCGGGGGACCCCCCCCCUCACCCCGGGACGCCUCACCCAGGACCUCAAGCUCAUCUCAGCCUCGCAGCCCGCCCUCCCCCACGACGGGGCGCAGACUCUCCGCAGAGCCUCCCCGCACUCCUCGGGGGAGUCGGUGGCCGCCUUCCCCCUCUUCCCCCGGGGGGCCGAGGGGGGCAGCGGGAGGCCCCAUGGUGCCAGCCCCGGCCAGCAUGUCACUCUGCCUCGGAAGACAUCCUCAGGUUCUCUGCCACCCCCUCUUUCUUUGUUCGGGGCAAGAGCUGGCUCUUCUGGGGGGCCCCCUCUGACUGCUGCACCCCAGAGGGAAGCUGGGACCAGGUCUGAGCCUGUGCGCUCCAAACUGCCGUCGAACCUAUGA